AUGAAUACACUAGAAUACAACACACCGUGUAAAGUUCGGCAAUGUUCUCAGUGUCAGGUUGACACAGAAUUCUACUGUAACACGUGUAGACAUGAGUUCUGUCUAGAGUGUAAAGAGAAACAUGUUAUUGAUCUCGAAACCAAGCACCACGAUGUUGUGAUUUACCGUGAGAAAUAUGAAUACAUUACAAAAGAAGAGACUUGUAUGAGACAUGAAGACAAAAUCUAUAAAAUGUUCUGCAAGUCAUGUGAUAUGCUUAUCUGUUUUCAAUGUAAAGAACACAUAAAACACGUAAUGCUGGACUUUCGAACAGCAUAUAUAACAAACCGUCAAAAAGACAGAGAAAUCGUCCACAACAUCAGAAGUGAGACUCUCUAUAACAACUGUUGUGUUCUGGCAGAAAUCAGAUCUGAUAUACAAAAAUGUCACACAAAAAUCUCCAACAAUCAGCCAAAGAUGUUAAUAAAAGCCCAAAAACUAAGAAACCUAAUUGACGCUGUCAUUUGUGAUGUUAAAAUCAGAUGCAAAAAAUUAAUUCAAAGUUUACAACAGCAGCGGAGAAAAAUAAACAUACAUCUUGCCAGCAUAGAAACCUUUGAACACAGAUAUGAACAUUUGGCAAGCAAAUCGCUAAAAUUCCUCAUAUUCCUGAAGAGAACUCGUGCACACAUGUUAAAGAACACUUUCAACCUCACACAAUACACCCUGGUCUGCCUGAAUGAAGUAAGCAACACAGAGGAUGUGACUGAUUUUCUGGGCACUGUGCUAGGUGAAAUACUAGUUUAUCAUUUUUGCUGUGUGACACCAGACCAGGCCUGGAUCAGUGAUGGUAGAAAUCUGAUCUUGAUAAACACGGAGGUUGACAAAUUACAUCAUCUGACAGAUGUAAUUAAUGAAUGGGGACAACACACAGUGAAUCUUACUGGUGAUCUUAUUUUCAUAGACAGGGGUGGUAAUAUUAUCAAACUCUCUAAAGAUAACAGAACAAAUUCUACACUGAUAAAGAAAACAGAACGAUGGGUACCACAAUGUAUCUACUACUCCCGCCUCAACGGCGAUUUGCUGGUCGGGAUGUAUUACUACAGCACAAGCAUAAUAGUACGUUAUAAUGACAAAAGACAACCCAAACAGAUUAUAAAGCAUGACAACACAGGUCAGAAACUCUUUAGUGAUCCUAUCUACAUCACAGAAAACCGCAAUGGAGAUGUUAUUGUGUCCGACUUUCUCAUUCAUGCUCUAGUGGUGAUAGAGAGUGGAGGAAGACAUCGCUUCUUCUACACAGGUCCUCCAUCAGGAUCACGACUAGAUCCACGAGGAAUUAGUGCUGACGCGCUUUCACACAUCUUGGUUUGUGGUGUGUACACUAACACAAUACAUAUGCUUGACUGGGACGGUUAUUUCCUGUCAGGGAUACUGACAGGACCACAAGGGACAGACGGACCAAUGGGCCUGAGUUAUGACGACAAAACUCAUUUUCUCUGGGUUGGAUUACACUACGAGUAAAAGAAAGUGUGUGUAUGCAGAUACAUAGAGAGACGGGACUAUCAACAAUAUAUAACGAGUCAGAUUAAAAUAGAUAUAUGACAGUACAAAUUCUAUACUGACAGGGCAAUCGGACAAGUGAAUUAUAAUUAUGAAAAACACAUUCAAACAAAAACAGAAGUAUCUUAAAGACUUUGAUAACUACGUAGUUACUUAUACAACCUGAUAUGAAAUGCAACAAUAACUUUACUAGUACCU